ACGACAGUUUGGCAAGAGGGAUUCCAGAAGCAAAGUUCUAUCCGAACAAAGCAGAUCAAAGCUUGUGCAUAAAACGAAAAAAGUUUCAGUUCGACGUGCCACCAUAUAUAUGCAUAUAUAUAUCAGGAUCAGGAUGCGAAAGAUGCAAGUUCUAGUGCAGACGAUCGAUGGCAAGAUUAACGUCUACGAGGUGGAUCGCUUCGGAACGGUGGCCAACCUGAAGGCACGGAUCGGGCGAGCCAUGUCCGUGCCCAUGGGCUUCAGUCGGCUGUCCCACAAGGGUCGCUUGCUGUCCAAUGAGAUCAUACUGGAGGAAGUGGGCCAUAUGUCCAUCCUGGAUCUCACCUGGAAGCCGAUCGUCCUGACGCCCAAGCAACUGUGCGAAAAGAGGAGCGGCAAGUUCAGCAAAGUUGGCUAUGGCAGGAAAGACGAUGGUGAUGGUAUGCUUACAUUGAUCGGCGGUUACCAGCAACGCACGGAUCAGGCAGGUGGCGAUGAUGAACUGAAGGCCGAGGACUUGACUGGAUUCGAUUUGUUGCCCCAUGAUUUUCUGGACAAUGGCCAGACGGAGCUGAAGCCGAUUGCUCUAUUGGAUCUCAUGGAUUCUCUGGAUCUCAAUAAGCAGGCCACGAAGAACGACAAUGAGAAGUAGACUGCAAUAAUUAAUCUCCAAUUCAAAUGGUUUUGACAUUUUUUCAUUUCGAAAUUCCUUCAAGCCAAACGAUUAUCAAGAUACAAGUAUAAAUAAUAAACUUUCAGUCAUGCAUUACAUUCAUUUAUUUUUAAUAUU